CUGUCGGGCGUCUGUACGGACGUUGGUAGGAUAUCCAAAACAGGAAAUCAUCGACUAUCCUCGACGAACUUGCAGUGCCCGCCGUGACUCUGCUUGCACUCGACAACGGCAACAUGGAGGCCUCGGACUCCUCCAAUCUGUUCAGAUCAGAGGCUGAGCUGUCACUACAUGAAUCACGCAAGCAGAAAGCGGAAAGGACCAAGACCCUUGGAUCGCCCAUAGAGACUGUUGGAAAGGCUCUCGGCAUAGAGAUCACAGGCAAAACCCUGCACUUGCUUCGGGGACACUCGGCACCGGUGACAUGUCUAGCAUUCUUCACCGGGCAGUUUACACCUGGAUCUGGAGAUGUCUUGGUUACUGGCUCAUGGGAUAAGGUACCGAGCUUGUCUACGAAGGAGCUGAUUUCUUCGACCCCUGCACACUCGGACUUCGUCAAGGCCGUGUUGACGAUACCUUCUUUGCGUUUGUUGGUGUCGAGCAGCUCCGACAAAAUCAUCAGACUUUGGGAUCUGUCCACGUACCAUGACGGCAAACCGCUGCAGUCUGUUGGAUUCAUUUCCGCACAUACUCGUCCCGUAGAGGCCUUGGCCUUCCAUACCACUUCCGAUCGCUCCAUCGUUCUGUAUACUGCGGACACUAUGGGGGUCAUCAGGGUAUGGGACGUGACCAAGGAGGACCACUCGGAUCAAUGGCGGAUCACCCAGCAAGAGGAGCUCUGCUACCAUCGCACUGGUAUCAACGAGAUGUUGUACGGCCAGGGACAGCUCUGGACAGCAUCAACGGACGAGACGGUACAAGUUCGGCUGCACCCCGCGCCAGCAUCGCCCGUGAAGCCCAUCCCGCCCAUAACGCACCCAACUGCCGUCAAAGCGAUUUUAUCCCUCUCCCUCACCUAUCUUGCGGAGCCGUACUUGCUCACUGGCGCUGGAGACAUCAUCCGCGUCUACGAUGUCUCUACCCUUGAAGAGCCCGAGCUGAUCCGUGAGGUCGACGCACACUGGCAUGACGUGACAGCACUGCACCUCUGGAUGCGGACGACACGAGUUGAAGGAGCCGAAAGUCAGCUCAAGGUAGAGCCCUGGGUUGUUAGUGCCAGUCUUGACGGAACGAUUAGGAAGUGGAGGUUGAGCGAGCUAUUGGCUCCGCCUCUUCCAACUCCCGCAACGACGACACCUAAAGUUGAGCCUGAGAAGACGUCCGACGUGGCGACGUCCGUACCCUACCAAAUGUCGGAAGAAGAGGAACGCGAAUUGGCUGAGCUCAUGGGCGAGGAUUAAUAUAACGGACGGUAGUCUGAGGUAUCAUUUGAUCCUGAUAGUGCACGCUUGACAUCCGAGUCGAUGUACAGUAUCAUCCGAGCGGAACAUACGUGAAAGCAAAGGAUUCAAUGGAUUGCAACUUCGCCUG